GAUUAAAAACACAUACAAGAAGAUCGUUCUGAUGGCACACCCUGCUCUUCUCCUGGUGCUCCUCCUCAUCUCUUCCCCUGCGAUUUCUUCCUCCAAGAGAAUCCUGCCCAAGUUUUCGGCCAUCUUCUACUUUGGCGACUCCGUUCUUGAUACCGGCAACAACAUUCGUCUCCCUACGGUGGCCUUGGCCAACCAUGUUCCUUACGGGAGGGACUUCCCAGGGAAGAAGCCGACAGGGAGGUUCUCCAAUGGCCGGCUCGUUCCAGACCUCCUCAACCAGAGGCUGCAGCUCAAGGAACUCUCUCCGCCAUACCUGGAUUCAAAGCUGUCGAACAACGACAUGAUGACAGGGGUCAACUUUGCGUCUGAGGGUUCAGGGUUCGAUGACCAGACGUCGCAGCUGGCCAAUACCCUGCCAAUGUUCGAAGCAGUCAAGCAGGUGAACCUCUUCAAGGACUACCUCCUCCGGCUCAGGAACAUUGUUGGAGAUAAGGACGCUUCCAGGAUCAUUGCCAACUCCCUGAUUUUUAUCAGCUCAGGAACCAACGAUUUCUCACAUUACUACCGUUCGUCAAAGAAGAAAAAGAUGGACAUUGGUGCAUACCAAGAUACUGUUAUCCAGAUGGUACAAGCUCGUGUCAAGGAACUACAUGAACUUGGGGGCCGACAAUUCUCCUUGGCAGGCCUUCCCCCGUUUGGUUGCACACCUAUCCAAAUCACAUUGAGCAGAGACCCUGACAGGGCAUGUGUGGAUGAGCAAAACUGGGAUGCUCAGAUCUAUAACUCUAAACUUCAAGAAUUACUUCCAGCAUUGCAAGGCUCACUCCAUGGAAGCAAAAUUGUGUACUUAGAUGCAUACUGGGCUCUCAUGGAGAUCCUUGAGGAGCCAGCGAAAUAUGGAUUUACAGAAACAACACGAGGAUGUUGCGGGACUGGGCUCAGAGAGGUUGCCCUGCUUUGCAAUGCAUUCACUCCUAUCUGCAAGAAUGUGUCGUCCCAUGUAUUUUACGAUGCUGUGCACCCAACAGAAAGGGUAUACAUGGCACUAACGCCCGGGCGUCCUGGAGGCUUGGACGGUCGCCGCGCCGUCCUGUGACGCCGCUCAGCCCGCCGCCGACGCCGUGCCCUCGCCUGGAGGGAGACCUGGACGGUCGCCCCGCCGCCCUGUGACGCCGCUCAGCCCGCCGCCGACGCCGUGCCCUCGCCUGGAGGCCUGGACGCUCGCCCCGCCGCUCAGCCCGUCGCCGACGCCGUGCCCUCGCCUGGAGGCCUGGACGCUCGCCCCGCUGCCCUGUGACGCCGCUGAGCCCGUCGCCGCGUCCCUCCGGGCUCCCGGCGGCCUCCAACCCGCGCCCCUCCCUCCGGGCUGCUGCGGCCGGCGUCGAGGACGGCGCCUCCCUCCAAGCUGCUGCCGGCCUCCAGAGGAGAAAAGAGCAGCGCCGCGUGAACACUCGGCGUUCGGCCGCCCUCCGGUACCCUGCACCGUACGUCACCUGGUACGCACUCAUCCUUCAUUAAUUUGCAUCUACUAAAACCUAGAAUCAGUAAGCCGUAAUUUGGUUCUCUAUGAUUGUCGUAUAAUUUACAUACGAGACAAAGAAGACGUGGCGACGGGGCCUACAGCGAGCACGACGCGUGCGGCGUCGGAGGCAAUGGGCGGCCUGGCGAGCGCCGCGGGGUCGGAGGAGAGGACGGCCGCGAGCACGGCGCGGCCGGGGUCGGCGGCGAGCACGGUGCGGUCGGGGGUUGGAGGAGAGGUCGGCGUCCAGGAGCUUGAAGAGGAAGGGGAUGGAGAGGGGGGAGGAUGAGGCGGCGGCGUGGGCAGAGAGCAGAUGGAGCCGGACGGCGACGACGGCCUGCAGCGGAACCCUAACUUAGAUGAAGAUGAAUAUAAUCAUCUUUUUAUUUUUUUUAGAAUAAAUGAAAUAUUCAUCUAACUAGAAAUUACUAUGAUACCCUCGAUUGAAAAAAAUAACUACGGAAAAGGAAUUGCUAUGAAUUUCUAAUCCACUUAAUUUUAGAGGUAUUGGGAGGCGUUACGGGACUUAUGGGCCCACUGACCAUAGACACAACUAAUGCCUCCCGACGCCCUCCCAAUACCUUCUAUCAUAUGGGCCCACAAAUCAUAGACACAUGAAAUACCUCCCAACACCUCUCCAAGCAUUGUAAAAUUUCUCAUUAAUCAAAUAUCCAUAUAAGGUUUUCUCCUUGUA